AUGGGCUAUAAAACAGUGAAGAGAGGAUUAGGAUUGGAUUAUCAGUUUUCGAGUGUUUUAGACGGCAAGGAAAGUUUGGUUGACCAUGCUGUUAAUUAUGUUGCCGGGGGUGGUGUCAGUGGUGCUAUCGGUACGGCCGUCGGUACGGGUGUCGGCGCCGGAUUGAGGGAAACGAUGGGUGGCGUGAAGGGCGCGUUAGGCGGUGAGGACACUAUGUUAGGCAAAGCUACCGGUGCUGUAACGGGAGUUAUUGAAAAGGGAGCCGCAGUUGGAGAUAAAGUGCCUAUGGAACAGGGAAAGAUUUAUUUGGAAAAGUAACAAGUGGUGGUGUUUUAAAUGGUGGCACAGGUUUAAUUGGGAAAAUAACUGGUGGCACUGAGCAAGGUGGUAACUGUGCAGAAAAUCCUCUUGGUGAUAUCGUAAGUGCUGGCACUGGAUCAGGUUCAUAUGGUGGUCAAACCGGUAGUGUUUUAGGUGGAAAUGGAGGUUCAUUAAGCUUUGGAUUUAAAUAAAUAACAAUGUACCAAACAGAAUUUAAUUUGUUAAGUUUAUAAUAAUUAAAAAUUAAAAUUAGUUGCUUCUAUAACUUUUUGAAAAGCUAUAUUAAUGUUUAAAU